AUGGGCCAUCCAGCGACGAUUGCCAAAGUAUUUCGAGAGACGUCAAGUCUUGCAGUGCAGACGUCCUUCGCUUCGCUGUCGUAUGACCGGCGUUGGGGCCAGCUUCCGGCAGAUCGUCGAAGCGAGGUGCUGGCGGACGUUACCAGGAUUUGCAGAUGCAAGUCCGUGAAGGAGGUCUUGGCCGAGCUGAUGCCUGCGGCGCCAAGCGAGGAGGACCUCGCCGAGCUCCUGCUGUGGGCCAACAAGAACAGCCACAAUGUGAAGGCGAUUCUCCAGGUGCCAGAGUUCCCCAUGAAAGAACAUCCGCUGACAGACAAGUGGCGGAGCGCUGUCACACGUCGGCAGCGGCUUUGCGCAGAGGUGGACGAGGCACUGGCCAGCGGCCGCCCAAAAGCCGAGUGCUUGGAACUGCUUCUGGAUCUGGCUCGACACCCACAACAUCCGGAAGAGCAGCCUGCCAGCAAGCAUCGCUUUGCCUCUCGCGAGGAGGCCUCGGCUGCUGCUGCCUUGGCGCGACGGGAAGCCGAGGCCCGAAAAAGCGCCAAGGAAUCCGGGAAGGGCAACGGGAAGGGGGUCGGGAAGGGCCUCCGUGCUGACCUGCCGACCAUCAGCAACAAGCCGGUGCUCGACAUCUCUCCGGCCAAAGCGCAGGGCCUUACCGACCAGCCCUUCAAGCUGCAGCUGUGCGUGUCUGGAUCCUUGGUAGAUGCUGAGGGCAACGUGGAUAUGGACGUCUCCGUGCGAUACUUCGAGGGUGACGAGCUCACGUUGGUUGGUGACCUCAGAGCUGCCAUCGCCCAGAAGACAGGCGCGUAUUCCGAGCAGCUGCGGCUUAUCCUUCGUGGAGCGAAGCAUCGCGACAUAACAAAACGUGGGGUUACCGACUUCUCCCUCCAUGACGACGAGCCCCUUAUGGAUUGGCACCUCAAUGACUCGGAGCCAGUUGUGGUGGAGGUGAAGAAGAAGCAACGAGCUGGCAAGAAACUGCCCGGCAACGGCUGGUUCAACAAGAGAGGCCGAACCUGCACGAUGAACAUUGCCGGCGCCAUUGUGAAGCAGAUGGUCUUCUCCAAAGCGGACCAGUACUGUGUGAAGGUGGAAGAGCCAAGGAUCUUCGAGACGAUCAUGAAGCUGUGUGAGCAUUUCCGAGCAGAUGCUGCCGUCCUGGCGGCCGCUGACGCAGAGCAGCUGCCGGAGUCCGCGAAAGCCCAGGGCUUCGCCGUGGAGGCUGAUGCUGACCUCGGCGUAACCACGCUCGUCUCUGCGCAGCGCCGGCUGACACUGCUUGAAGAACGCGACGACCCGGACUUUAGCACGGACAUGCUCCAGGGCGAGCAGGACCCAGAGCAGGACCAGUUGCCGCAGCUGCCAGCAGUUGUGCACGUGCCGACGGAGGCCGUGGGAAGCAAGCUGGUCUUUGUCCUUGGUGGCGACGUUCUGCGAGAGACAGCCUCCCUCACGAAGGAGACAGGUUGGACGUUCAUGAAAGAUGGCCACGUGGACAAACGGCUUGGCAGGUACUUCGGGGAGGCCAGGGAGACAGAGAAAGAGGAGGCCCCUGCAGAGGCUCAGCAGAACCAGGAGGAAGCAGAGGAGGUGAAGUGCUUGCGGCUGGUGGAUAGGCGAACCUUCCUGUCCUUCGAGGUUGUGGAGCCCGAGCCCAGGGCGCAACGACGGUCGCUCAGCGAGCCUCCACUCCGAAAUGCUUGUGAGAACGGCCUAGAUGAAGUGAAGGAGGAAGUGGCUGAGGUGCCGGAUUACACUUACAUGCAGGCUGGGAAGAUGUGGCACCCGGCGGACAACCCUUUUGAGCCGCCGCCCUGCACCUGGGAGCCACACGUCCACAACAAGCCUGUCGUGUUCCAGCUGCAGAGAGCGAUGCAUUUCCUAGACGGGCCGGUUCAAUGGGACAUCGUCGACAGUCUCCUGGAUGCCUUCGAAAGUGCAGUAGACUUGACCGAGAUGUAUUUAAAGCCGAUGAUGAGUGGCUACGACGGUGAAGCAAAUGUCGCCACCAGCGCCAAAGAGCGCAUCGUGGAUCUCCAACGGCGGCAGGCUGAUCUGCAGGCCCAGUUGGUCAUCAUGGGGCCUUGCCAGGCAGGCAAAACCUCUUUGACAUACGCGUUGGUGGGAUUCGCAGCGCUUCCCCCGGCCCUGCCUUCCAUGGUCACCACGCGCUGGGUUCACACUCCUGGCCUUGCCGUGCCCCGCAUGACCAUGCCGGAGGAGCUGGCGAAGCUCCUUGGGGCCUGGGCGGCGAAGCUCGUGGCGUCGCCGGAGUCUUCGGAGCUCGAGGGCCCCUCCCCAUUGGCAGCCAAAGGUGAGGCCGUGGAGGGCAUCGACGCCGUGGCCGGUGCCCUGGAAGCCGUGCACCGGACGAUCCACAGAUGUCGAACCCUAGGAAUAGUCUCUGCAGAAGAGUUGGCAGCCCUUUGCCGACCUUCCCUGUAUCUCCAAGUGGAGGUUGCCUUCUCGCCUCUCGCUGACUUGGAGGGCGAGCUCACGGACACCGGGCUCCUAUCCCUCGUGGACCUCCCGAGCCCAGACACCGAGACGCUUUGGGAGACGCAGGAUGCCCAGGCACUCUGCCGCGCAGCCUUGCGCGAGGCAGAUGGUGCACUGGUUGUCAUCGAUGCCUCAAAGUAUGAAGUCCCGCAGUGGAUGGGCGGCUUGCUGCGAGAGGCGUUUGCCCAGGAAACAGGCGGCCUGCGUCGCGACGAUGCUUGGAUCGUUGCCAACCGCAUCGAUCAGCUCCCAGAAUUCUUCUGCAAGGACGGGCCAAAGGAUGUCUGCAAGAAGGUCUCGCAACGACAGUACCGCAACCACAAGGACGUGAUCGUUUCGGAGGAUCACGUUAUCCCGAUCUCCGCGCGGCUGUCGCUGCUAGCUAUGUAUGGCAGAGAGAAGGUUCGCGAGCCCUUGUCUGCACAGCUCGUAUCACGCUUCGAUCGGCAACCAUGGUUUGCCCAGCUUUGCUCGCUGAUCUUCGGCAUCCAGUGGAUGAGCAAAGUCCAAGACUUGGAGCAAACUAAAUGGCGAAACUCCAUGCGAGAGCUGCACCUCAUGGGACAGGUGACUGGGCCUUUGGCAACCAGCGUUCUGAAGACGGCCUAUGUGAAGAUGCUUCCCCAUUCUGUCGAACGUGUCAUGCUGGAGCUUUCGCUCCUCGUCUCGUCUUUUUGCUCUGCCCUUCACAACUUGGAUGGCACGUCUGCCACGAUCAAUGUCGAGACUUUGAACGACGUCUUCCAGGCCUUCUUCCAGGAUGUGCAGCAGCGUGUCAAACAAUGCUUCCAGGAGAACGCCCCUGGCAUUGCGGAAACGACGCGGCUUGCCAACCAGAAGUGUCCGAACGGAGAUGUUAUCUUUGAUGGGCCGGACUCCACCGAGCUGCACCAAAAGUACUUCGAGCUCCUUGCACGCGAGGCUCUCCAAACCUUCCAUCCCUUCUACGGCGAGGCGCUCAAGAAGUGCAUGGAACAGGUGGUGAUCGCGCACAACAAGUAUUUGCGGUCCCUGGACUACUACCUGGCGAAGGACCCACCCAGCGAUGCUGAGAUCUCAGAAGAGACCAGCUUGGACCCUCGUCCUCUCCGCAAGAUCAAGCCAAAGCGUGAGCGUCGUGGCACCUUGUGCUAUGCACGAAGGGAACUGAACGAGGAGGCAGAGAGGCUGCGCCCGUACAUUGAGCCCCUCCUCUAUGACAACCACCUGUCCCUCAAGGAGAUCACUUUCGCAGGGAUGCCCGGAAUGAGUUCAGAAUUGUGUCCGAAGUGCUCCCGCUCGGGAAUGCAGAUGUUGCGUCCACUGCUCCUGGCUUUUGUUCGGCUGGCGGUGCUUCACGCACUUCGCACUUCAGAGCUCUCUGGGAGCCUCCCGACGAAGGAGCAGGUUUCUGAAAUCGCCGACUCCGCCGAGCGCUGCGUAAUCCCUAUGGAAGGCGAUACUGGCCUGGGGCUCGUCUGUAAGCACGAUCUCGGCCUCCUCUCCCCUUCCGCUGUGCAGUGUGUCGUUUGCGGCCAACUCUACGGAAGCGCCAUCGACCCCAUGGAAUCUUGCGUGGUGCAAACGCAGCCCUACAAAUGGAUGCGUUAUUUGGAGUCGUCGGAGAUCAAGAUCAAAGUGCCAACGCGAAAGGCAAAUCGUGUCUGCAGAGGACUUAUCCGCAAAGCACCUCGAUAUCGUUGGGACUACUCUCUCUCCUGCAACAGCGAGCUGAGCAACAUGUACCCGGAGGCGCUGCCCCGGGCUUCCUGCUGGAGCUUCCUUCCGCAGGACCCGAGUGACGGCUCGUUGCCAAAGACCUGUCUCACGAACAUCAUCAAUGCAGAGGUCAGAAAGGUUGACAUCGGACAAACGUCUAAGGAGGAGGUGUGGGUAGUGGCUGGCUCCUGA